AUGUUGACUUCUAAAGCCUCCACGCAUCUGAAAACAAAUCCACGUGUGAUCCACCGCCCAAACGAGGUAUUAUACCACAAAUGGGGACUGUGGCAACGCGGGAGGGGGCAUAGACUGGCCCCAGUGGUCCUUGGUACCGCUGUGGGGGUCAGCUCUGCAGCCCUGAUCCAGUCACUCCACACGGGGACAUUCGCUGCCAUGCCCCUGAAAGUGGACUUAAACUCCGCUGAAGGGGACUGGAAAGCAUCAAAGGAUUUCUUGCUGUCGUUGGAGGAUAAACGUCCAUAUUAUCGAACCUCAAAAUAUGUGCCACUGGAUGACAUCCCAGUGUGGACUCCUGCUGCAGGCGCAGAGCAAAGCAAAUACCCUCGUAACCCUAACCUGGCCAGCAGCAGGGCGGCCAAACAUAAAGGGCAGCUCAAGCAGGCCACCCCCAAAGCGUCCCACCAGGGGAAACAUUCCUCCAAGCCCACGGGGGGCUGA